UCCGAGCAGACUGUACGUACAUUUGGCGUCUGGGUUGGAGACGCCAAGACAUCGGAUGCAGUUUCUGUGCACUGUGAACCCCGGUUGAUUCUCGCCUAUUGAUUGUAUCAUAGUAACAGCGUACUGGAUAUUCUUUUUCUACUAAAUUUCUCGAAAAAUUCAGCCAAGAAACGAAAGUUACGAGGGAAACUAAAAUAUAAGUAAAAAAUGACACCAGAAGGGUAUACGCGCGUUUAUGUCGGCGGAUUAAACGAAAGCAUUAAAAAGGAAGAUCUCCAGACAGAAUUCGAAAAGUACGGCAAGCUUAACAAAGUUUGGGUUGCAUUUAACCCGCCAGGUUUUGCAUUUAUCGAAUUUUUAAAUAUGAACGAGGCAGAGCUUGCUUGCAGCAGUAUGAAUGGCACAGAGAUUAUGGGUGCUAAGUUAAGGGUGGAAAUUUCACGGGGUAGAGGUCGUGGUGGAGGUAGGGGUGGUAUGGGAGGAUUCAGAGGAAGUCGAGGUGGUGCAGCUAGGGGCUAUGGGUCUGCUGCCUCCAUCGCAUUCAAUUACAGAGGAAAUAAUAUGUAUGCAGAUUAUGGAGGUUAUUAUGCAGGCAAGGGUGGUGGAAGUAGGAGUAGAGACUACUAUGGAGAAGAUUAUAUGACCAAUCGUGCCAGUGGGUAUGUUACGCGAGAUGGAUAUACACAAGAUGUCUAUAAUAGCGGAGAUCCAAAUGCUGAUUAUUAUACCAACAAAGGCACUGGCACAUCGAGGUAUCGAAGUCGUUCCCCAGCUGGUCGUGGCAGUCAUCGUCAUCUUCGUGAAUGCACAUAAAAGAUCUACACCGCAUUGCCAAUCUGAACUGCGGGCCAAUCAGCUGCCCAUCCUGAUGACUACAUUUCUAUCCAAUCUACGCAGCGACCUGUAUAUAGACAACAACUACUAUUGCAGAUCAAGUUGUGCAAUACCAUUUGUAUAGUAUACUUUAGUUCUACAGUUUGUAAUCGUUUUCAGAAACAUUACCCAUUAUUCACCAACAAAAGCGUUACUGCAAACUUUAUAUAACAUGAAAUUGAAUCGCGAACGAAAUUUGAAUCAAGCUAUAACGAAUCGUAGUCUAAAGUAUUUAUAUACGCAACUUCUAUUUUAUUUAAAUCUGGGGUAUUACGCAUAUUUUAUAGUUUUGAAUAAGUUUUUUUACGUAUAUAUUAUUUUUUUUUGUGUACUUUUUUAAGUUUCUUAUAAAAGAACUGGAGAAAAUAUAGCGAAAAGAAGUUUAACGUACAUCAUGAGAAAAUAAGAUUUUUCAUAACUAAUAUUUCUUUUUUUUUUUUUUUUUAUUAACAUUUAAUCGUCUAUAACUUUUUAUCGUUCAUUAUAGACACGUAUAUUAUUUAAUGAAUAGUAAUAAUAUUAUUUAAAAAAUGAAAAAAUUACAAGGGAUUUGCCAAUUUUAGCCAAAUGCACACUACUGCUCGUAUAUAUUGAACUGUACAACUUUGCCUUACGAAUUUUUAUAUGCCAUGCAAAAUUAAGAUUUAAAAAGUUUCAAAAUUGAUUCGUUAAAUAUAAUUUAAUCAUAAUUAAAUCAUGGCCUUGGAGUAUAUGUGCAGAAAUAGUAUUGCAUUUGGAAACUUUGGAGUAUUUGCUGCUAUGGAUACUUGAGUGAAAGGAUAAAGAAAUUGCGGUAAUAAUGUUUUGCCAUUGCUGUAAAUGAUGUGGAAUUGGAUAUCUAUUAAAUGAUUUGCUCUCACUA